AUGCCUCUCACGCCUCUUCGUCCCGGCGCGUAUGCGCCCACAAUGACCUUCUUCGACCCCGAGACCGAGGAUCUCGAUAUUCCCGCCAUCCGUCGUCAUGCGGUGCGGCUGGCCAAGGCCGGUCUGGUCGGCCUGAUCACCAUGGGCUCCAACGGUGAAGCGGUGCAUCUCACCCGGGCAGAGCGUGCCACCGUCACGCGAGAGACUCGAUCCGCUCUCGACGAGGCCGGUUUCACCAACGUUCCGGUCAUUGCCGGCGCCAGCGAGAACAGUAUCCGAGGCACCAUCGAGCUGUGCAAGGAGGUCGCUGAAGCGGGUGGCGAAUACACCCUCAUUCUCCCUCCCAGCUACUACCGCGGUGCCGUGGGCAAUGACGAGAGUAUCUACGAAUAUUUUACCGCCGUGGCCGACGGCUCUCCCAUCCCCAUCAUCAUGUACAACUAUCCCGGUGCCGUGGCCGGCAUCGAUAUGGACUCGGACCUGAUCAUUCGCAUCUCUCAGCACCCCAAUAUCGUUGGCACCAAGUUCACCUGCGCCAACACCGGCAAAUUGACACGCGUGGCGACUGCUCUCGGCGCUAUUACCCCGGCCUCCCCUCUGGCGCCGGCUCAGCGUGCCGCGCCUUCGGUCUCCAAGCCGGAUGCGAAGCACCAGUACGUUGCCUUUGGCGGCAUCGCCGACUUUACUUUGCAGACCUUGAUCUCGGGCGGCUCAGCCAUCUUGGCUGGUGGCGCGAACGUGAUGCCUCGUCUGUGCGUGCGCGUCUUCAACCUGUGGUCGGAGGGACGUCUGACUGAAGCCAUCGAGGCUCAGCAGCAACUGAGUGCCGCCGACUGGGUUCUCACCAAGUCCGCCAUCCCCGGCACCAAGUCGGCAAUUCAGUCCUACUAUGGCUACGGUGGCUAUCCCCGCCGUCCGCUUGCUCGUCUGAGUGAGGCACAGGCCAAGGAGGUCGCGGAUAAGAUCAAGAGUGCUAUGGAUGUGGAGCUUUCCUUGAAGGACGUAGCUUGA